GCAUUGUUGCAAUCCGCUUAUCUUUAUCUGUGCUUUCGUUUUCGUUUUCAUCCCUUUCUUUAUCUAAAAAAUAUACAAUUAUCAAAGUUUUCAAAAGAUAAGAUUUUUGUAUCUAAUAAAAUUUUAAUUUUAAUCUAAAAAACGGUAGUAAAAAGUUUCGUGAGUAUUUUACGAAAAAUGUCCAUGGAAACGGUGCACCUACCAGCCGAUCAAUAAUUCUCAGUUCAAGCAACCCUACAGUUAAUAUCGCGUUGAUAAUGGAAGUUGAAAAAGCUGGCUUUCCCGAUGUGAUAUCUGAUAUCUCGGAUACUCUAUUCGCUUACGUUAAAGAAGGGAACAUAAACGAAUUAGAAUUAAUCGUACAAGAAUGCGGAGCUGAAAUUCUAAACAUUCGCGACGAAUGGGGUUACACCGUAGCUCACUGGGCAGCUCUAAAUGGCAAUUUUAAACUUGUACAAUUUUUGGUAGAGAAACAUGUACCAGUAAAUUUAUCAUGCUUCGGUACCCAAGGACCAAAACCAAUACACUGGGCUUGCAGAAAAGGCCAUUCUCGAAUAGUUGCUUUACUACUUCAUGCCGGAGUUGAUAUAAAUACAGUCGAUUUGAAAGGACUGACUCCUUUGAUGACUGCAUGCAUUUAUGGUCGUAUAAAUACGUGCGUUUUCUUGUUAGGAAUGGGGGCUAGACAUCAUUUAGUUGAUAGUAAUGGUGAUACUGCGGCUCAUUGGGCUACGUACAAAGGACAUUCAGACGUGAUCAGAGUACUUAUCAAUGCUGGCGUUGAUUUACAAAAAGUCGAUAAUUUUGGAUCUACUCCUUUACAUUUGGCUUGCAUUCAUGGCCAUUUGUAUUGCGUCAGGGUCCUGUGUGAAAUGAGGAAGUUAAACUUGGAAAUUCGCGAUAAAAAUGGAAAAACGCCCUUGAUGUUGGCUAAAAACCAUCAGCAUUUCGAAAUAGUGAAACUGCUCCAUGAGGAGAUUAAAAAACGAAGUCGUUACCAAUCUGUGCAGCCAGUCAUUGAAACAUGGAAUGCUGUGUGCCAAGGAUUCGGAAAAGGGAACAGCAAAGGACCAUUGUUUUUAUUCAUUGGUUCAAUAUUUUUAUGGUGUUAUCCGAUGUAUUUUUUACGAUGUAUCCCAUUAACGUGGAAUGCUCUCAGUGGAGUGCAUUACUGCUUCUUUUAUUGGAACACCAUGAUGUGGAUCAGUUGGUUGCUGUCUGUCAAAAGAGAUCCGGGUUAUUUACCAACCAAUACCGAUAAUUACUCUCAGAUCAUUCGUGGGAUUCCAUUCGAUGAGAAAAACAAAAAGCAAUUCAUACCUUUCUCUCAACUUUGCCAUACUUGUCAUUGUAUUAGACCUUUGAGAUCAAAGCACUGUCGCAUAUGCAAUCGCUGUGUAGCUUAUUUUGAUCACCAUUGCCCAUUUAUUAAUAACUGCGUUGGAAUUAAAAAUAGAACUUGUUUCUUCAUCUUCCUUCUAUGUCUGGCCAUAAACAGCACAUUUAGCGUAUACUUCAGCGUAUAUUGCAUAACCUCUGCCGGUUUCGAAUGGUUGUUAAUCUUAUCUCUCAUACAGUCCAUUAUUAUGGUAUGUUUUAGCUGGGUCAGGACAGCCAUUUCGCUUUUACACGCUUGCAUGAAUAUAACAACUAACGAGAUGUUGAACUACAAGCGUUACCCAUAUUUGAGAAAUAAGAAAGGAAAAUACCACAACGGAUUUUCUCGCGGACCAGUAUGCAAUCUAUUAGAAUUUUUCACCACGUAUAGAAAAGUAGGAGAAGCUAUGGACGAUUUUGCUUGAACCAAAAACCCCAAGACAAAGGCACAAAUGAUGAAGUCUUCGUAAUCACUGCGCAAAAAUGCCUACCGAUAGUGGAGUACAAUAAAUUAUUUCUUUUUACUUUUUACUCGUAAUUUUUAUUCAAUUUUUUUUUCCAUGGAAAAUAUUUAAUUACUUAAAAAUGCACUUGUAAUUUUACGACAAUAUAAUAUGAAAAAGACAAAAAAAUUACGA